AUGGGAUCAACCGCCUUUCAGACACCUGCCGUCGUGAAGUCCGCCGCGACUCCCUUCUUCACCCCCGCCAACAACGUGGGCGCCGCUGUCCACCCCGACGACCCCAAGACGCCCACGCUCUUCCGUCCGCUGCAAAUCCGCGAUGUGACGGUCAAGAAUCGCAUUUUCGUGUCGCCCAUGUGCAUGUACUCCGCCGACAACGACCCCUCCUCCCCCGCCGUCGGCGCCAUGACCGACUUCCACAUUGCCCACCUGGGCCACUUCGCGCUCAAAGGCGCCGGCUUGAUCUUCGUUGAAGCGACUGCCGUCACAGCGAACGGUCGCAUCUCCCCAUAUGAUGUGGGACUCUGGCAGGGAGUGGACUCGCCGCAGUUUCACGGCCUCAAACGCGUCGUGCAGCUGUCCCAUAGCCAGGGCGCCAAGAUCGGGGUGCAACUGGCGCAUGCCGGUCGCAAGGCGAGCACCUCGCCGCCGUGGAUUGCCGCGGAGGCCGGAAAGGUCGCCUUGAAGGCCGACGAAGGUGUCAGAGGAUGGCCGGAGGACAUCGUGGGACCAUCGGGCGGCGCCGAACAGCUCUGGAAUCCCGACGGAUACUGGACUCCUCGCGCGCUGACCACGGAGGAGAUCAAGGACGUGGUGCGUGCGUUUGCCGACAGUGCGAAGACCGCAGUCGAGGCCGGAGUCGAUGUCCUGGAGAUCCACGCCGCGCAUGGGUACCUCAUCCACUCGUUCCUCAGUCCCGUCAGCAACAAGCGCUCGGACGAGUACGGUGGUUCAUUCGAGAACCGCACGCGCCUGCUGCGCGAGGUGGCCACUGCCAUUCGUGAGGUCAUUCCCGCCGGCAUGCCGCUGUUCGUGCGUAUCAGCGCGACCGAGUGGUUGGAGGAGCAGCCCGUCGCGGCGCAGACCGGCUCGUGGGAUCUGGAGAGUUCCGUCCGUCUGGCCGCGUUGUUGCCCGAGCUGGGCAUCGACCUGGUGGACGUCAGUUCGGCGGGCAACCACAUCGACCAGAAGAUCCACAUUCACACCAACUACCAGAUUGAUUUGGCGGCCCAUCUGCGCAAGGCCAUCCGGGCAGCUGGCGCGUCGACCCUCGUCGGCGCUGUGGGAUUCGUUACGGAGGCCGAACAAGCGCGGGACAUCGUCCAGGAAGAGGCGCAGGGCACGCAGGACAUCGUGUCAGGGCCAGAGCCUCGCGCCGACGUCGUUCUGCUGGCGCGACAGUUCCUUCGAACGCCUGAUUGGGUGCUCAAGACGGCGAAGGCGUUGGGUGUGGAGGUGAAGGUGCCUGUGCAGUACGGACGAGCCUUUCGAUAG